AUGGCGUCUGUCGCGCUUAGGGCCCAGCUGAAAACCCUUGUCACAUCCAGGUUCGCCCUGGGUAUGGUUGACGAGUAUUUCCAGUACUUGCAGUCGAUGGACGAGGAUGGUAGCUCAGCACAAGAAGGCUUGGUCACCGAGGUCAUCAACCUCUUCAUCGCCAACGCCAACAGGAUUCUCAACGACAUCGCCGGCCUGUUGAACCAGCCCGUGAUAGACUUCAACAAGGUAGACGACCUGGUGCAUCAGCUCAAGGGGUGCACCAGUUCAGUGAUGUGUUCUGCUCUAAUAAAAAUUUGCACGCAUGUUAAGAAUUCGUCAAUGCUUGUUCUUUAA